GCUUCCGGGGGAAUGUUGGGGCUGCUGGACGCGUUCCCCGCGGGACGGUGAAGGCUGAGGAUUUCCGGGCCGGAGGUGCUUGCCCUGCGUGCAGCCGCAGCCGCUCCCUGGGGAAGUGCAUCGGGCUCACCGUUGUUGGGAGCGGGCCUUUCUUCCCCACUGGAGCGGAGGGCGAGUGCUGCCAUGGCGGCUCCAGCUCAGCCCAAGAAAAUCGUGGCCCCUACGGUGUCCCAGAUCAACGCCGAGUUCGUGACCCAGCUGGCAUGUAAAUACUGGGCUCCCCAUAUCAAGAAAAAAUCACCUUUUGAUAUAAAGGUCAUUGAAGAUAUAUAUGAAAAAGAGAUUGUCAAAUCAAGGUUUGCCAUCAGAAAGAUAAUGCUCUUGGAAUUUAGCCAGUACCUUGAAAAUUACCUUUGGAUGAAUUAUUCUCCGGAAGUGUCCAGCAAGGCCUAUUUAAUGUCCAUCUGUUGUAUGGUGAAUGAGAAGUUCAGAGAAAAUGUCCCUGCAUGGGAGACUUUCAAGAAGAAGCCAGACCACUUCCCAUUCUUCUUCAAGUGCAUCUUGAAAGCAGCAUUGGCUGAAACUGAUGGUGAAUUUUCACUCCAUGAACAGACAGUCUUACUGCUUUUUCUUGAUCACUGCUUCAAUAGUUUGGAAGUAGACUUGAUACGAAGUCAAGUACAGCAGCUUAUCUCCCUCCCAAUGUGGAUGGGCUUACAGCCUGCACGCUUGGAAUUAGAAUUAAAAAAGACACCUAAGCUAAGAAAAUUCUGGAACUUGAUUAAAAAGAACGAUGAAAAGAUGAAUCCAGAAGCAAGAGAACAAGCCUAUCAAGAAAGAAGAUUUCUUUCACAGCUCAUCCAGAAGUUUAUCUCCGUGCUGAAGUCAGUCCCACUUUCCGAACCUGUCACUAUGGACAAAGUUCAUUACUGUGAAAGAUUCAUUGAACUUAUGAUUGAUCUAGAGGCCCUACUCCCCACAAGGCGCUGGUUUAAUACCAUCCUGGACGACUCCCACCUUUUGGUUCACUGCUACCUUUCCAACCUUGUUCAUAGGGAAGAGGAUGGCCAUCUUUUUUCCCAGCUUUUGGACAUGCUUAAAUUCUAUACUGGUUUCGAGAUUAAUGACCAGACUGGAAAUGCUCUGACAGAGAACGAGAUGACUACCAUUCACUAUGAUAGAAUCACUUCUCUACAGAGAGCUGCUUUUGCACAUUUCCCUGAACUCUAUGAUUUUGCCCUCUCCAAUGUGGCGGAAGUAGAUACUCGGGGAUCCUUGGUCAAGUUAUUUGGACCUCUUAGUUCAAAUACACUCCACCAGGUGGCAUCAUACCUCUGCUUGUUACCAACUCUUCCUAAAACUGAAGACACAACUUUUGAUAAAGAAUUUCUUCUAGAAUUGCUGGUAUCUCGUCAUGAACGUCGAAUUUCUCAGAUUCAGCAGUUGAACCAGAUGCCUUUGUAUCCAACUGAGAAAAUCAUAUGGGAUGAAAAUAUUGUCCCAACUGAGUACUAUUCAGGGGAAGGUUGUCUUGCUCUUCCCAAGCUAAAUUUGCAGUUUUUGACUCUUCACGAUUACCUCCUAAGGAACUUUAAUCUCUUCCGCUUAGAAUCAACUUAUGAAAUUAGGCAGGACAUUGAGGACAGUGUCAGCAGAAUGAAGCCUUGGCAGUCUGAAUAUGGCGGUGUAGUGUUUGGUGGCUGGGCGCGAAUGGCUCAACCCAUUGUGGCUUUCACUGUGGUUGAGGUUGCCAAACCCAACAUAGGUGAAAACUGGCCAACCCGAGUUCGUGCAGAUGUCACCAUCAAUCUCAAUGUCAGAGAUCACAUCAAAGAUGAAUGGGAAGGCCUUCGUAAGCAUGAUGUAUGCUUUUUAAUUACGGUGCGUCCCACGAAACCAUAUGGUACCAAGUUUGACCGGAGGAGACCUUUUAUUGAGCAGGUUGGCCUGGUUUAUGUCCGAGGCUGUGAAAUCCAGGGCAUGCUGGAUGAUAAAGGACGUGUCAUCGAAGACGGACCCGAACCCAGACCCAAUCUUAGAGGAGAGUCAAGGACAUUUAGAGUGUUUUUGGAUCCAAACCAGUAUCAACAAGAUAUGACCAAUACCAUACAAAAUGGAGCAGAAGAUGUGUAUGAAACUUUCAAUAUAAUAAUGAGAAGAAAACCAAAAGAAAAUAACUUUAAGGCUGUGCUGGAGACUAUUCGGAACCUGAUGAACACUGACUGUGUGGUACCUGCCUGGCUGCAUGACAUCAUUUUAGGUUACGGGGAUCCAAGCAGUGCACAUUAUUCAAAAAUGCCCAAUCAGAUUGCCACCCUGGAUUUCAACGACACAUUUCUCUCCAUUGAGCAUUUGAAAACCAGCUUCCCUGGUCAUAAUGUUAAAGUAACUGUGGAUGACCCAGCUCUACAGAUACCCCCUUUCAGGAUAACUUUUCCAGUAAGAAGUGGAAAAGGGAAGAAAAGGAAAGACGUGGAUGGGGAAGAUGAAGACACUGAAGAGGCCAAGACCUUAAUUGUUGAACCUCAUGUUAUUCCUAAUCGGGGUCCUUACCCUUACAACCAACCCAAGCGUAAUACAAUUCAGUUCACCCAUACACAGAUAGAGGCCAUCCGUGCUGGAAUGCAGCCUGGGCUAACUAUGGUUGUGGGCCCACCGGGUACAGGAAAAACAGAUGUGGCGGUUCAGAUCAUAUCCAAUAUAUACCACAAUUUCCCGGAGCAGAGAACUCUGAUUGUUACUCAUUCCAAUCAGGCCCUGAACCAGUUGUUUGAGAAAAUCAUGGCUUUAGACAUUGACGAGCGCCACCUCCUGCGUCUUGGUCAUGGAGAAGAAGAGCUGGAGACAGAGAAAGAUUUCAGCAGGUAUGGGAGAGUUAAUUAUGUCCUGGCUCGAAGAAUAGAACUUUUAGAAGAAGUCAAACGAUUGCAAAAAAGCCUAGGGGUCCCAGGGGAUGCUUCAUAUACCUGUGAAACUGCAGGCUAUUUCUUCUUAUAUCAGGUAAUGUCUCGCUGGGAAGAAUAUAUCAGCAAAGUGAAAAAUAAAGGUAACACAUCGCCAGAUGUCACGGAAGUUUCCACUUUCUUCCCUUUUCAUGAGUACUUUGCAAAUGCUCCUCAACCCAUUUUUAAAGGUCGGUCUUAUGAAGAAGACAUGGAAAUUGCUGAAGGAUGUUUUAGGCAUAUUAAGAAAAUCUUUACUCAGCUUGAGGAAUUCAGGGCCUCUGAACUACUUCGAAGUGGACUGGACAGAUCUAAAUACCUUUUGGUGAAAGAAGCCAAAAUCAUUGCCAUGACCUGUACUCAUGCUGCCUUAAAACGACAUGAUUUAGUCAAGUUAGGUUUCAAGUAUGACAACAUUUUAAUGGAGGAGGCUGCUCAGAUCCUGGAGAUAGAAACGUUUAUACCUCUUCUUCUACAGAAUCCUCAGGAUGGUUUUAGCCGACUGAAACGAUGGAUUAUGAUUGGUGAUCAUCACCAGUUACCUCCGGUCAUUAAGAACAUGGCCUUUCAGAAGUAUUCCAACAUGGAGCAGUCUCUCUUCACUCGCUUCGUCCGGAUUGGAGUUCCUACUGUGGACCUCGAUGCCCAAGGGAGAGCCAGAGCAAGCUUGUGCAACCUGUACAACUGGCGAUACAAGAAACUAGGCAACUUACCCCAUGUUCAGCUCUUGCCGGAGUUUAGCACAGCAAAUGCUGGCUUGCUGUAUGACUUCCAGCUCAUCAAUGUUGAAGAUUUUCAGGGAGUGGGAGAGUCUGAGCCUAAUCCUUACUUUUAUCAGAAUCUUGGAGAGGCAGAAUAUGUAGUGGCACUCUUUAUGUACAUGUGUUUACUUGGUUAUCCUGCUGACAAGAUCAGUAUUCUAACAACUUAUAAUGGGCAAAAGCAUCUUAUUCGUGACAUUAUCAAUAGACGAUGUGGGAGCAAUCCAUUGAUUGGAAGACCAAAUAAGGUGACAACUGUUGACAGAUUUCAAGGUCAACAGAAUGAUUAUAUUCUUCUUUCUCUAGUACGAACCAGGGCAGUGGGCCAUCUGAGGGAUGUUCGUCGCUUAGUGGUGGCCAUGUCUCGAGCCAGACUUGGACUUUAUAUCUUCGCCAGAGUAUCCCUCUUCCAAAACUGUUUCGAACUCACUCCAGCUUUCAGCCAGCUCACAGCCCGCCCACUUCAUUUGCAUAUAAUUCCAACGGAACCUUUCCCAACCUGUAGAAAGAAUGGAGAGAGGCCAUCUCAUGAAGUACAAGUAAUAAAGAAUAUGCCCCAAAUGGCAAACUUUGUGUACAACAUGUAUAUGCACCUGAUACAGACCACCCAUCACUAUCAUCAGACGUUAUUGCAGUUACCACCUGCUAUGGUAGAGGAAAGUGAGGAAGUUCAAAGCCAGGAAACAGAAAUGGAAACAGAAGAAGAGGGCAUGCCUACUCAGGCUGACAUCCCCUGUCUACCAGAUGCCAGCGUCAGUCACGAACUGUUAGCCUCUCAGACUGAGGCCACCCCCGGUGAGAUGGAGGCCACCUCUGGUCUGGCAGAGACUGGUUCCAGUCCAGAAGCCACCUCCGCUGUCUCCGAAGUCACUGCUGCCGCUGCUGGCCCCGAGGCUGUGCCCACAGAGGCUGGCACCCAGCAAGAUGCCACAUCUGCCCCAGAGACUAACUAGCCAAUGCUAGCCUUUCUUAGGGAGGACAUUUCAUCUGUAAAGUCAAAGUAAAGUUAUUUUUUGUACUUUGUAUCUGCCUUUGCCAUUUUAAAGGUAAUAAUGUUCAGUCCUUAUUUUUGUUAACUGAUAUCAGUGUUUGUUCUUCUUGGAUAUAUUUUUUAAAUUGUAUGUAUAUGAACAACUCCAUUUCAGUUCAAUCAGGGGGGCAAAUAAUCAUUCCUUUGAUACUUUUCUCAUUAAUUGAGUGUAUCUUUAAUCAUACCUACAUUAAAAGAAUUUUCUAUAGAAUAUAUAGGACAUAUUUUACACUUUUAGUGAACUUCUAUAAAAAAGAAAAAGACAGAAUGCACUGGAAAUAAUCAUAAAUGCCCCUAAGCAAGUGUUGAAAUUGGGGGGGAAAUAGUUCUAUCAUAGUAUGAGAUGCUCAACUUGUUUUGUUUUGUUUUGUUUUUAACCGUUCUGCCUUGACAUAAAGGCAUUAACAACCAUAGCUUACAGGUUUCUCAAAUCCAUUGAAGAGGUUACAUGUAUUUCUUUCCUAAAAAUUUGUUAAUGGAUCAGAAUCACCUAGAGCAGUGGUUCUCAACCUGUGGGUCGUGACCCCUUUGGUGGUCGAACGACCCUUUCACAGGGGUCGCCUAAGACCAUCCUGCAUAUCAGAUAUUUACAUUACGAUUCAUAACAGUAGCAACAUUACAGUUAUGAAGUAGCAACAAAAAUAAGUUUAUGGUUGGGUCACAACAUGAGGAACUAUUUAAAGGGCCAGAAGGUUGAGAACCACUGACCUAGAGUGUCUGUUUCUUCUUGGGGCCACUCCCAACCUAAUGAAUGAGAAUCUCAGGUGAGGGCCCAGGAAUGUGUCCUAGAGCAGGUGCUCCGGAUGUUUGAGUUGCUGGCAGAGUGGCAUCAGAUAAGGCUGGGGAGGCUGAGCCAGGUUGGUCAUUUAGCUAAGCAAGAAUGUGGCAACUCCAUCUGGGCAGGAAGGAAGGCCCGGAGUCUGGGCAGUGAGAGCAGCAUGCCAAGGUUCUGCGUCUCCUGCCUGGCUUAGUUCUUUUGGUGGAUAACCAGCCACAAAGAGACCUUAAGGUAUAAUGUGCUCCAGUUCUGGGAGAGGAAAGAGACGCAGACCUUGCUACUCAAGCGUGGUUUGCAAUCAGCAGCAUCAGUGUCCAUUGAAGGCAUGUUAGAAAUGCAGGCACUAGAGCAGCCGUGGGCAAACUAUGGCCCGCGGGCCGGAUGCGGCCCGUUUGAAAUGAAUAAAACUAAAAAAAAAAAAAGACCGUACCCUUUUAUGUAAUGAUGUUUACUUUGAAUUUAUAUUAGUUCACACAAACACUCCAUCCAUGCUUUUGUUCCGGCCCUCUUGUCCAGUUUAAAAACCCAUUGUGGCCCUCGAGUCAAAAAGUUUGCCCACCCCUGCACUAGAGUCUACCCCAGACUUAUUAAAUUUGAAUCUGCAUUUCCACCAAGUCCCCGGGUGAUUGAUUCAUAAACACUUUGUAGUUUGAGAAGCACUGUACUGAGAGUACUGUGCUGUCCUCACAUGAAUGAGGUAGAAGGAUGAUCUUGAAGGUAGAGUUACCUGAGAGUGACUAAAGUUUCCUGACAAGGACUUCUGCUUAUAAGGUCCCUGCAUGGGUGGCCAGAAAGGGUGAAUAUUUGUAUAUGUGGAGAGAGAAAUUGCCCACUACUUCUCUCCCCCAUUUUGACAUCUGCUAGAGUGGCUAAAGGAGGCAUUUCCCCCAAAGUAUCUCCUCUACUACAUGUACCUGUAGGUUUGACCAUGUCCAAAGAACCUUUGAUGAAGUAAAUAAGAACUACACACAGCCAUUGAAAUGCUUCUGAUCCUCCAUCUUGAAGGAAUGAUCACUUCAUUAGGAAAUUAAACCCAGGAAUCAGGCCAGGGAAGGGUAUUUUUGAGUGACUAGUGUUUGCUCAGCUCUACCAGGGGGUGGUAGAUGUGAUUCACUCUCACAGUGUCUCAUGCCUCAGAACUCUUGUGUAAAUGUGGGUGAGGAAGGAAAAUGGAAGUGGUGGACUGAUGAGGGGCAUGAAAUGAUGAGGAAACUGCCCUAGGAAGGUAGGUUGUCUGCUAUCCAGUAAGGAUUGAGCCAGGUAGACUGUUAGAUGUUGUCUCCGAGUAUAAGAAUUCAAAAGCAGGGGUUGCGGGCAUCUGUGUGAGGACCAGCACCCGCAGAAUUAUUUUCAUUGUAAACACAUAGUAUCAGGUGAAUAUCUAGUAUCAGGCUAAGCAAGAGGGAAGGAGCUUUAUGGUAUUACUAGAGGCCCAGUGCAUGAAUUUGUACACAGGUGGGGUCUGGCCGGCCCGCCCCGAUCAGGGCCAAUUGGGCCAGACUGACCAGGGGGAGGAACUGCAGGCGGUUGGUGGGCCAACCCUGCCCCCAGUCAGGGUUGGGGAGGCCAAUCGGGGGCGGUGCUGGCUGGGAGAGGGGCCGUGGGCAGUUGGCCAGCCCCAUCCAGUUGAAUUCCCGGUCAGUCUCUCAGUCAAGGGGACAAUUUACAUAGUAGCCUUUUAUUAUAUAGGAUUGUCUUUCCUGAAAAAGAAUGAUUUUUCUCUCUACCCUUUAGGGAUAUGAAUUAUAAUACCUGUGACCAAGAUAAGCAAACUUUUAUGCUACUUCCUCAUUAAGUAAACUGUUUUCCAAACACUAUAAAUCACGGUCUAGCUGGAUCACUA